AUGUCUUGUCUACACAAACAAGUUAAACAAGAAAAACAGCACAUGAGCAACCAUGAAGCACACCAAACGGUUGCACAAUCUGUUUGCUCUGUGUGCUAUAACAGAAGACCACAAUUUGAAAGACACAGAAAGAGAGACUUCAAAUAUGCUGAGUUGUAUGCAGCCACACAAGGCUUUUCCCCUAAGAACUUUCUGUCAGAAGGGGGGUUUGGUUCUGUCUACAAAGGGGAGUUGUGUGGACAGAAGAUUGCUGUUAAGCAACACAUCUGUGCAAACAGCAAAGAAGAGAAGGAAUUCAAGUCUGAAGUUGAUGCACUCAGCAAAGCAACGCAUGAUAAUGUGGUCAUGCUGUUAGGAUCAUGCUCCGAAGGGAACCAUAGACUUCUUGUGUAUGAAUAUGUCUGCAAUGGUUCAUUGGACCAACAUUUAUCUCAACAUUCUCGUAAACUUCUUAAUUGGCAAGACAGGGUGAAAGUAGCUGAUGGAGCUGCCAAAGGAUUGCUAUACCUGCACGAGAACAACAUUAUACACAGAGAUAUGACACCAAACAACAUUCUUCUUACACAUGACUAUGAUGUAUUGCUAGGUGAUUUUGGUUUGGCUAGAACUGUUAUAGAAGACUCCUCAUACUCCACAGACUGUGUUGGGAAUCUGGCUUAUAUGGCACCAGAAUAUGCAGAAUUUGGCAAAGUGUCAAUCAAGACAGAUGUGUAUUCCUUUGGGGUGGUUCUACUACAGCUAAUAACUGGAAUGAGAACCACAGACAAACGAGUAGGAGAUAAAGGUCUAGUGGGAUGGGCUAGACCACUAUUAAAGGAAGGAAAAUGCCAAGCACUUAUUGAUGGAAGGAUGAUCAACUCCCAUGACUGCCAUCAACUCUAUUGGAUGAGCCAUCUAGCUGGAAAUUGCCUGAAGAGGGAUCCUCAAAAGCGAUUCCAUAUGAGUACAGUGGUGAAGGCCUUAAAUCAGAUAGGCAAAGGAUGUAGCUGCCUUGUGAGAAAAGAGCACACGCUUCUCAUCUCAGGCCAUUCUAAGUCCAAAGAUGAUACACAGGACUCCUCACAAUCAGAAGAGUGGAAGUGA